AUGUCCGCCUUCUUCUACAAUCAGCAACAGCACCAGCAACACCCCCAUCAACACGGUGCCCACAUGCAAACAAAUCACCACGGUCGCUCGCGCCGAGCCCCGAAAAUGGCUGCUCAGACUGCCCAGCGGCAAUUCCGAGGAGUCAAGAGCAUGCGGGAACUGGCAGAAGCUCCGGCCGUUACGGCUUUCCGGGCGAGAUUCGAGGCUGGACGCUCGUUCGAUUUGGACGACGACCUCGAGUUCUGCCCUGGUCUCCUGACCGAGGAUGAUCUUCACUCAAUUCACUCCGCUUCUUCCGACCGGUCUUCUCUGUCCAGCGGCUCGCCUGACACCUCGCCUCUGCAGCACCAAAUCCAGCCGGUGCAACAGGUUACACCGUCCAUCUCCCUCUCUCCUGCCUCGACCAACUCUUACAUCCACGCUGGUGUGGGUAAUCCUAAUCAGGUUAGCUUCCAGCAGCCUGGAAACCGGACCCGCAAAGUCAUUCCGAUCGUCAACCCCAACACCGGAAUGACCUUGUCGAGCCCGCCCACAUCGAUCUCCCCAGCGAUGAUGCAGGCUGCGCAGCGUCGAUGGUGA